AUGCCAGCUAUUCUCGUGGCCUCGAAAAUGAAGUCGGGGCUACCCAAGCCCGUUCACAGCGCCACACCUAUUCCUCACGUCGCGUCACGGGCACUCAAGCAGCCUUGCUACCUGAAGCUCGGAGGCAAGGUGGAGGUGACCAAACCAACCUAUUCCAGCCAGAUUCCACUCAAAACCCCACACGGACCUCGCGGUGAAGAUGAAUGUGAAGGUGAUUGUGAAGGGGAGGGGGUGCCGCAAGGAAAACCCGCCCAGGCAGAAAAUGGCUUUGAUACUCAGAUUUACACCGACUGGGCCAACCAUUACCUGGCUAAGUCUGGCCACAGGCGACUCAUCAGAGACCUACAGCAGGACGUUGCAGAUGGUGUGCUCCUGGCUGAGAUCAUCCAGGUCGUAGCCAAUGAAAAGAUUGAAGACAUCAAUGGCUGUCCAAAGAAUCGAUCUCAGAUGAUUGAAAAUAUUGAUGCGUGCCUGAGUUUCUUGGCCGCAAAGGGAGUGAAUAUACAGGGCCUCUCUUCAGAAGAAAUCAGGAAUGGGAAUUUGAAGGCCAUUCUGGGUCUGUUCUUCAGUCUUUCACGGUAUAAACAGCAGCAGCAACAAACACAAAAGCAACAUCAACAGCAGCAACAGCAGCAGCAACAACAGUCUUCAGUCGUGUUUCAGCAACAGGGGCCCCAGCAUCACAUCCCUCAAUACCAGCUUGGCCUUCAGCAGCAGGUCCAAGCCACACCCUGCACCCAGCCCCUUACCCAGGUGCAACAACAGUGCCAACAGCAGCAACAGCAAAAAGCACAACUGGAAAUGCAGUCCAGUGUGUCAUCCAGGUUAUCAUCCCCAAGCACAAGAAUUGCACCCACUCAGAAAAAGAGUUCUAGGCUUCCAGGUCCCACAACGAGAGUGUCAGCUGCAGGCAGCGAGACCAAGACUCGUGUGACAUCCAGUACAAGUAACCGACGCAGUCAGAGCUUUAACAACACUGAUAAGUCCAAACCAGGUCACCCGCCAGCAACAAAUAAUGAGACAGUUCCAGAGCCAGCAGACAACGCGACCCAACAGCCUGGGAUGAAUGAGAAUGUCCAGGCUUCAGCAAGCAGCGCUUGCGGAAACACCUCCGCAAUCCCCCAACCAAACUCUGCUAAGCCCUGGCGUAGCAAGUCCCUCAAUGCCAAGCACACUGCCACGUCUUCCAUGCUAUCUGUGAAGCAGCCCACUCAGGAGCCACCCAAGCCACCUGCUGAGCCAGCUGCCAACGCCAAGUCCAAUGCCAAUGGCCAAAAGUCCAUGCUGGAGAAGUUAAAGCUGUUCAACAGUAAAGGUGGUUCCAAGGCCAGCGGAACCAGCCUGGACACCUCAGGGCCUCGCGAAGGCAGCUGCGAGCGACCGGAGUCUGCCGCAAACGGAGUAGACCUUAGUGAAAUGGACACCUCGGCCAGAAGUGUUAAUAGCGCAGGACCUGCCUCAAACAGCCCCAAAAUUGCACUAAAAGGCAUUGCACAAAGGACUAUCAGUCGAGCGUUGAGCAAUAAGAAAAGCUCGCCAAAAGGCAGUGAGAAAGAGAAGGAGAAGCAGAAAGAGAAAGACAAAGCGAAAGAGGUCACAAAAAGGGUCUCUAUCUCUGACAAGGUAGAAGUGGCAAAGGAGCCAAGAGAGGAACCACCGAUAUCUGCUUCUGAUAUGCCAAAAAAGUCCUCUAAGAUCACAAGCUUUAUCCCAAAAGGAGGGAAACUGAUUGGUGCCAAAAAAGACCCACCCGCACCUCAACAAAGUGGAAUACCAAAACCAGGGCUGAAACCUCAUACAGGGAAAACGACAAGUGCCCAAACUCCGGCCAAGGAGACAGAGAGACCCCGCAGUGGGAAGCUGGGUGCUGGUCUCUCACUGCAGAAAGCACAGUUGGACAGUAAGAACUCGAGCUCCAGUAGUUUAGCCUCCUCUGAGGGGAAAGGGCCUGGAGGGACCCCCCCUGCAAGCAACAGCAAUGCUCAGGCUGCCACGACAGCCAGCACGACCCAAACUACAGCAAGUAACACGGUCAGUGUCCAGCUACCUCAUCCACAGCAGCAAUACAACCAUCCCAACACUGCCACUGUUGCUCCGUUCAUGUACAGGUCACAGACAGACAAUGAAGGGAAUGUUAUAACUGAAUCCAGUAGCGGGGGCGUGAACAUGGAAACUGUUCUAUACAGCAAAAAUGGACAGCCCUGCUUGGAAGAUCAGCCUGGUGCUGACACUGUGGUGCCUUCCCCGAGUGCCCAUUAUCCCCUGAACGGGGACGACCCAGAGACUCGAAGGCUGCGGACUGUCAAGAACAUUGCUGACCUACGUCAGAACCUGGAGGAGACCAUGUCAAGUUUAAGAGGGACACAGAUCACACACAGCACACUGGAAACCACUUUUGACAGCAGUGUUACCACGGAGAUCAGUGGACGCAGUAUACUCAGCAUGACGGGCAGGUCAACUCCGUUGUCGUGGAGACUUGGCCAAUCGAGCCCUCGACUCCAGGCUGGAGACGCUCCUUCGUUGGGGAAUGGAUACCCUCCUCGGGCCAACGCCAGCCGUUUCAUCCAUCCCGAAUCCGGUCGCUACAUGUACACGACACCACUCCGGAGGCAGCUGGCAUCACGGACCAGCAAUGUAUGCCACUCGGACAUCCCUGAUAAGAGCAGCGAUGACAUGGAUCUCGAGGCCAUCAACCUGGAUGUGGCUGGUUACAUGAGCGAUGGUGACGUCCUGGGCAAGAAUCUGCGGACUGAUGAUAUUGCCAGCGGAUACUUGACGGACGGGGGAUUGGGACUUUACACUCGCAGGCUUAACCGCUUACCAGAUGGAAUGGCUGCAGUGAGAGAGAACUCUCAGCGAAAUACAUCUAUAGGCCUAGGUGAUGCAGACAGCUGGGAUGAUAGCAGCUCUGUUAGCAGUGGCAUCAGUGAUACGAUAGACAACCUCAGCACGGAUGAUAUCAACACCAGCUCCUCCAUUAGCUCGUACGCCAACACGCCAGCUACCUCUCGCAGGAACCCCGAUAACCAGUCUCAGACAGAUGCAGAGAAACAUACGGAGAAGAACACUCCUUGGCCCGGUGAAGAAGUGAAAAGGUCGGACGGUGGAUCAGACAGUGGAGUGAGGAUGGAUUCGAGUUCCAAGUGGAGACGAAAUCCAUCAGACAUGUCUGAUGAGUCAGAUAAAAGCAGUUCAGCAAAGAAAACUACAGUCAUUUCCCAGACCGGAUCUUGGCGAAGAGGGAUGACUGCGCAGGUUGGCAUCACCACACCCAGGCCUAAAACAUCAAACACGCUAAAAACACAUGCGAAAACUGAUGAUGCGAAGGUGUCCGAAAAGGGGAGACCGUCUCCGAAAUCCGCAAAUGUGCAACGGUCUCCGUCAGACGCCGGGCGGAGCAGCGGGGACGAGGGGAAGAAACCUCCCUCUUGUGCUUCGAGGGUGACUGGAGGGACAAACACAUUUGGGUUCAAGAAGCACGGAGGUUCCUCAGGAGGAAUCACCAUGAUCACAGCCAGUGGAGCCACCAUUACGAGUGGGUCUGCAACUCUUGGUAAAAUCCCCAAGUCGGGAGGCCUCAUCGGCAGAUCAUCAGGUAGGAAGGCCAGUGUCGAUGGUUCCCAGAGCACCGAGGAGAAUUACCUGACCUUAAACGCACGCACCAACCUGCAGUACCGGAGCCUGCCUCGGCCCAGUAAAUCAAACGGGCGUGGGACUGGGAAUAGAUCUAGCACGAGCAGCAUCGACUCAAACAUUAGCAGUAAGUCAGCAGGUCUUCCAGUCUCUAAACUGAGAGAGCCGUCUAAGGUGGGCUCAGGCAACUCAGUGCCUACAUUACCCAACCAGACUGAUAAGGAAAAGGGGGUCUCCUCUGACACCGAUAGCGUGGCUUCUUCUGGCUCGAUCAAAGCAAACCCACUGCAGGUUGGAACCAACGGCACUCAGAGCUCUCGCCAGCAGGGAUCCAAAUACCCUGACAUCGCCUCACCUACAUUACGCAGAUUGUUCGGGGUCAAGCCGAGCACUAAGCAAGCUCCUGUCACAACAGCGGAAAACAUGAAGAAUUCCACCAUUAUCUCCAAUCCCCACGCCACCAUGAGCCAGCAGAGCAGUCUGGAUUCUCCUCCAUCGUGUCUCGGCAGCGGUGGCAGCAGCCCGCUCUACAACAAGGCGACGGACAUGACCCAGUCACCCUUGGCCUCCAGUCCGGCCUCUGUCCAUUCUACCAUCUCAAACGGAACACCAUGGGGCACCAGCCACAGUAGCUCCUCCACCAUCAGCAAGGACGGCACAGGUUACCAGUCAGUGAGCAGUCUCCACACCAGCUGUGAAUCGAUUGACAUCUCCCUGAGCAGUGGAGGUGGUCACAGCCACCACAACUCCACCAGUGGCUUGCUUCCUUCCUCCAAAGAUGAUUCCCUUACUCCUUUCGUGAGGACGAACAGCAUUAAGACAGCUAUGUCAGAGAGCCCUCUCUCUUCCCCCACUGCUAGUCCCACAUUCAACAGAAAUACAUUACCAAGGAAACAAGACAGUGAUACACAACUUGAUAGGAAUACCUUGCCUAAGAAGGGAUUCAGGUAUACCCCUUCAUCUCAACUGCGCAGUAACGAAGAGGCAAAAGAGUGGCUCCGUUCACACUCUGCAGGUGGCCUGCAAGAGAAUGUCGCCAAUUCGCCAUUUUCUCCAGGCUCCAGUAUCACAUCACCCUCUGGAACCAGAUUCAAUUUCUCUCAGCUAGCGAGUCCAACUACAGCUACCCAGAUGAGCCUGUCUAACCCCAGCAUGCUACGCUGUCACAGUGUGUCUACUCAAGAAGGACCUUAUGAUCCGUACAGUGAUUCCAGGUUCCGGAACAGUUCCAUGUCUUUGGAUGAGAAGCACAGGACAAUGAGUCGCUCUGGAUCAUUCCGUGAUGGAUUUGAGGAAGUUCAUGGGUCAUCUCUGUCUCUGGUCUCCAGCACAUCCUCCAUUUACUCAACACCUGAGGAAAAAUCCCAAUCGGAGAUCCGCAAACUUCGACGAGAAUUGGAUGUCUCCCAGGAGAAAGUGGCAGCGCUUACAACUCAGCUGUCUGCUAAUGCUCACCUUGUAGCAGCCUUCGAGCAAAGCCUGGCAAACAUGACAGGAAGGUUACAGAGCUUAACCAUGACUGCAGAACAGAAGGAUUCCGAACUUAACGAAUUGCGAAAGACGAUAGAGAUGCUGAAGAAGCAGAAUUCUGCAGCCCAGGCAGCGAUAAAUGGAGUCAUCAACACUCCCGAGCUGUCAUGUAAAGGAAAUGGGACAUCGCAGUCAGCAGACCUGAGGAUCCGUAGGCAGCAUUCGUCAGACAGUGUGUCGAGUAUUAACAGUGCCACUAGCCACUCCAGCGUGGGGAGCAGUGCCGAGGUGGAUUCUAAGAAAAAGAAGAAAAAGAACUGGGUUUAUGAGUUACGAAGCUCCUUCAAACAGGCUUUUGGCAAAAAGAAGUCACCCAAGUCAGCUUCGUCUCAUUCAGACAUUGAAGAAAUGAACACGCCUGACUCAUCCUUACCUUCAUCCCCCAAACUUCCUCACAAUGGAUCGACUCCAUCUACCCCAAUGAUGAGAAAUUCACACUCCAACUCACUCAUCUCUGAUUGCAUCGAAGGUGAAGCCGAGACCAUAAUGCAACUGCGCAGUGAACUGAGGGAGAAGGAGAUGAAAUUGACAGAUAUCCGACUCGAGGCCCUCAGCUCAGCUCAUCAACUGGAUCAGCUCCGCGAGGCUAUGAACAGAAUGCAGACUGAAAUCGAAAAGCUGAAAGCUGAGAACGACAGGCUGAAGGCUGAAACGCAAGGGAUCUGCAGUCGGGUCCCAUCCCAGCUAUCCAUUUCCUUGUCUCCCCGUCAGUCACUAGCCCUUUCCCAACACAGUCUUAACCUGACUGAAUCCACCAGCCUCGAUAUGCUGCUCGAUGACAAUGCAGAUGGCUCCACUCGCAAGGAGGGCAGGCACGUGAAAAUAAUGGUCCGCUUGCAAGAGGAGAUGAGAUGGAAGGAGGAGUCCAGGAGCCGACAGUAUAUUGUUGGGUGCAUUGGUGUCAGCGGCAAGACAAAGUGGGAUGUCUUGGAUGGUGUUGUGCGCCGUCUUUUUAAGGAAUACAUUAUCCACGUGGAUCCAGUCAGCCAGUUAGGCCUGAAUUCAGACAGUGUUCUGGGUUACAGCAUCGGAGAUAUCAGACGCGUUAACGGAUCAGAUAUACCUGAGCUUCUACCAUGUGGCUACUUAGUGGGAGAAAACAACACAAUCAUGAUGUCUCUUAAAGGUUUGCCUCAGCACAGCCUGGAUUCCCUUGUGUUUGAAACACUGAUCCCAAAGCCAAUGCUGCAGCGAUAUGUCUCACUUCUAAUGGAACAUCGUCGGAUUAUUCUGUCGGGGCCCAGUGGUACUGGGAAAACCUACCUGGCUAAUCGACUUGGAGAGUACAUGGUGCUCAAGGAAGGCAGGGAACUGAGCGAUGGGGUCAUUGCUACGUUUAACGUGGAUCAUAAGUCAAGCAAGGAGCUGCGUCAAUAUCUAUCCAAUCUCGCAGAUCAGUGUAACAGUGAAUCCAACGCAGUGGACAUGCCCAGUGUGAUCAUCCUCGACAACCUGCAUCACGUUGGCUCGCUUGGGGAGAUCUUUAAUGGCCUCUUGAAUUGCAAGUACCAUAAAUGCCCUUACAUCAUCGGCACAAUGAACCAGGCUACAUCCUCAACUCCUAACCUCCAGCUUCACCAUAACUUCAGGUGGGUCCUAUGUGCCAAUCACACUGAACCAGUCAAAGGUUUCUUGGGACGUUACCUGCGGAGGAAGUUGAUCGAAACCGAGAUCAGCACCAGGACGAGGAACACUGAGCUGGUCAAGAUUAUUGACUGGAUUCCCAAGGUCUGGCACCACCUGAAUAGAUUCCUCGAAGCUCAUAGCUCUUCUGAUGUCACUAUCGGUCCUCGACUGUUCUUGUCAUGCCCAAUGGAUGUGGAUGGUUCAAGAGUUUGGUUUACUGAUUUGUGGAAUUAUUCUAUUAUUCCUUAUCUGCUGGAGGCAGUGAGAGAAGGGUUGCAGCUCUAUGGGAGAAGAAGUGCGUGGGAGGACCCAGCUAAGUGGGUGAUGGACACAUAUACUUGGACUGCCACUCCACAGCAUCAUGAAUGGCCCCCUCUGUUACAGCUGAGGCCUGAAGAUGUCGGCUUUGAUGGCUUCACACAAACCCGGGAAGGAGGUUCCAGUAAACAGCCCCAACAGAGUGAUGUAGAAGGAGACCCUCUUAUGAAUAUGUUGAUGAGGCUACAGGAAGCUGCAAAUUACUCAAGUCCCCAUAGUUAUGACAGUGACUCGAACAGCAACAGCCAUCACGAUGACAUUCUUGAUUCGUCUCUGGAGUCCACGCUUUGAGCAGACUUUUCUGACGAACUAUUCUGCCUCUUGUGUCCAUCAUUUCUCUGAAUACUUCGGCUGAAGGUGAGGACCUUAGUAGUUGUUUUAAGUGAGCGAAACUGAUUUGUUCCUCAGUUGAACAGACAGAAGCCUCCGUUUUUAGAAAGAAAAACAGCGAGGCUGGUACAAGACACUUUAUUUUGAUUUAACUCCGACGGGUGCAGGCAACCCAAAGGGAGAUUCAAUUUGUGGGUUUUUUCCCCCUCCUCCUCCUCCCCAUCCCCUUCCUCAUCCUCACAGUUUUAUUUCGUAAACCAGAACUGCACUAUUUCUUCUUUUAACUGCUCGAGGCGUUUAAUGCCGUGCCAAUGAAGAAAUGCGUUACAAAAUACCGAAACCUGAUUUUAAAAGGUAUGGAACCAACAGCGUGCCAAGUACUGUCCUGGAAAGACUAAUACCCUAUGCUGCUCUCAACCAAACGGUCAGUGGACACUGGACAUUCCAACCAACUCCUUCAAUAACGGGGACACAGAAACCUCAAGUUGCUGGUGGUUCUGGUGCUAAUGUUACCCACCAUGUUGCUCUUUGUCGAAUUAUAAAACAAGCCACUUCUCUGCCAACACAUGAUUACGGGCUCAGUUUCAUCCCCGGUAUACACCCCCCCACCACCCCCAUUCAGUUGGUUUUCACCAGUUUUUUUUUUUUUCGUAGCCAACUGAACUCUUUACCUUUCACAACUGAAGGGUCAGAUACUUGAAACAUGGUUGAGCCAGAAGUCAACACCGAAAGGUCCCCGUUUUCUCCUCCUCUCGCUUUUCCUUAUUCAGAACGCGCGCGCACACACACACAUACAACUUGAUUGUCAAAAAGGCUUGUAUCUUCACCAGGACUGAUAACACCUCCACCAGAAUUGCACUUCUAUUUGUUUGUUUUUUUGCAAAUACAAAAAGAGAAUUUUAAAAAAAAAGCUGGAUUGAGCUGUACCUCAGCGAUAACCGCAAUCCUUCAGCCAAAUCCACGCAAGCCUUUAGCUACAUCUGGUGCUGGAAUUAAAUGAUGCCUUACUCUUUUGUACUAAUUUUCUUUGGCGGGGUUUUGUUUGGGGCAAUUUAUUCUGUAUUGUUUGAGUUUCUGAAAACAGGGCUGAAAUUUCAUCUCAAAUAUUAAAACGAUCAAGGUAUUUUUUAUUCGUGCUGUUUUAAAUAAAAUAAGAAAAACAAGUAAUUUGCUAUAAGUAAGAGAAUCAAGGAGGAAAAUCAAUGAUUUCACACUGUAAGGUCUACAGUUUAUUGCGUUUGCACCUGAUAGUGGAUCAUCUACUGUGCAAAAACUGUAAGCUUGGGAUCCAUUGUAUAGAGGUUAAUGCCAUCCCUGCAAAAAAUACAUCCAUGAUCAACCCUACAGAAGUAUUGAUGUAUAAAUAUUGAAAUCAUCCAGUGACUGAGUAAUAAACUUUCUAUUCGGGGAGCUUGUUGUGCUGUGCUGUUUUCCCCUACUUAGUGAUGUAUUCACACAGAGUUGGGUGUUCAUGCACUUCGACUGAUCAGCGUGUUUUACUAUACCUCAUGUUUUGGUUUCUCUGCCAUAGCCUUGUUGUUACAGUAUCCUGGUCACUGUCUGUCCAUUGUGGCAUUGAAACUGUGAUGGUUGUUAUGGCUCAACUCAGAAUAGGAGGUGGGUUGAGCGAAGGAACAUGAACCAGCGGUUUGAUUGAAUUGUUUCUGAUGUGUAUUUGUUUCAAUUUUUGUAAUUUUUUUUUAAAAAAUGCUUCCAAGAGUCCUUCUUUACUUCCCCUCCAAUCAUGGUGUCUGGUUGUUAAAUAGUGUUCUGAGUUGAAGAUGCUAUGCAAUGUUCAUGCGGAAUUUUAAUGGAAGUCAAAAGGCAAAAAAAAAUAAUUUUUUUGAAAACUGCCAAGAAUUGUACAGGCUGGAAAGGACUUGUAUAUGGCUUUGGCUUGAUUUCUAGCUAGUGUUUUCUGUAAAUUUGGAGAAACAAAAUGAUGAAAUGCUGAUCAUAGUAAUGAUUAUUGUACCAAACUCAUGUUUGUUACUUGUGAUAAUUUUUCACCAAGUAUGGUUGUUCAAUGGAAACUAUUUGUAGGACCUAGCGGUUUAAGUGGAACAGUUGUUUUGAAUGUGUUUAAUAUGAUGUACAUUUUAUUCAUUGUAACAUAAAUUGUAAAUAGAUUACAGUGAUGCAUUUUGAUGACUUUUCUAGCCAUUUUUAAAACACUAGGAAAUGAGUAUUUUGUGUACUGUAUGAUGUGUCAUCCCAUUUGAAUUAAGUUCGUUCUCCUGGUCUCUCAUUGGAUUCAUUAAUGGUUCGCACAAGAUCAUGUCUCAGUUAAGGAAUAAAUCUAGUUAUUGUACCAGUCUUAAAUUAUUCCUGAUUCAAUAAAAUGAAUGCUUAUUUAUUCAA